CAACCAAACCGAAAGAAAUGUCAUUAUUUUACACGUAGUCAUGACAAAUAGACCCGCCUUCAUUAGGAAAAAGCUGCUUCCAACAGUACUAAAAGGGCAAAGUGCAGCAUCAUAAAUUCAAAAAACGGAUUGGGGUUUGUUUGAUCCCUUACCAAAAUUGACUAAAGUACGGUCAUUCUGGUUUUUAGGGGGAGGCAGUUUACAGCAAGCUUUAACUGAAGCUUCUAUAAAGACAUCCCAGCAUCAACUUUCAAGAUUUGCACAAACCAACCAAAACAGCACAUAAACCCUUCUGCUUUUCAGCAAUUUGUAUCAUUUUUCUCGGAAAAUUCCUUCUUUGGGCUCCGGCUACGAUGAUUUCCUUGACCGAUGUCUACCAUGCUGUGACAGCAACGGUCCCUUUAUAUGUGGCCAUGUUUCUAGCAUUUAUAUCGAUUCGGUUUUGGAAGCUCUUUACGCCGGACCAAUGCGCCGGAAUAAAUAAGUUUGUGGCGAAAUUUUCCAUACCACUGUUGUCAUUCCAGGUGAUCUCAUCCACCAACCCGUACAAAAUGAACCUUAGGCUCAUCCUAGCGGAUUUCGUGCAGAAGAUCCUCGCGACUUUGAUAUUGGGAGGGGUGACCAAGUUCCGCUCCGGGGGAGGGUUGAGGUGGAUCAUAACCGGUCUCUCUCUGUCCACGCUGCCAAACACCCUGAUCCUGGGGAUUCCACUCUUGAGGGCCAUGUAUGGGGAUGAGGCAGCUUCACUCCUUGCUCAGAUAGUCUUCUUACAGAGCAUAGUUUGGUACAACCUGUUGCUAUUCCUGUUUGAGCUCAACGCAACAAAGGCAGCCUCAGUUACACCCUCAACAGAAGCCACAGGGGUCAUGGUGACCACAGGGGAGGAUGAACCAAAAGAUGGAGGAGAUGAGUUGAAGUUGAGAAAUGGAAGAAAGUAUGAGACUUUGCUCAUUUUUCUCAAAGUAGGGAAGAAUCUCCUGAGGAACCCCAAUACAUAUGCCACUUUAGUGGGCGUGAUUUGGGCAAGCAUCCACUUCAGAUGGGGUGUUGAACUGCCAGCAAUUGUGAAUAGCUCAAUACAAAUACUCUCACAGGGAGGACUCGGAAUGGCCAUGUUCAGCUUAGGUCUUUUCAUGGCAUCACAGGCUCGAAUAGUCGCUUGUGGUGCUCGGUUGGCUGCGGUGGCCAUGGCCGCCAAGUUUAUCGCGGGGCCAGGUCUAAUGGCCAUCUCGUCCUUUGCUGUCGGACUCAGGGAAACCUUACUGAAAGUGGCGAUUGUGCAGUGCAGGCGGCUCUACCCCAAGGAAUUGUUCCCUUUGUUUUCGCCAAAGAGUACAAUGUACAUCCAGAAAUCUUGAGCACAGGGGUGGUCUUUGGAAUGCUUAUUGCCAUGCCAAUAUCACUGGUUUACUAUCUCUUGCUGUCUCUGUAGAAUUUGGCAGAGUGUUAUCGUUCUGCAGCAAGGCAAGCUCUGCAGCAAGAUUUGCUGAUGCAGAUGAAGGGAGUCUCAAAACUAAUUCAACAGCAUUGACGAUUCUAGCAGUUUAAAACUCUUCUGUCUAAGCUAUAACAUAGAUUAGGAUGCACAUAGGAAGCAAAAGGAAAACUCGUUACAUGGACCGAGUUCGUGUAAAUCCGAUUAAUGCAGGUUCAAAGAUUCACCAAUUCUAAGGGCUCAUACUUGUCAAAUGCACACGAACUCGAUACAUGUACUGAGAUCUCUAGGAAUAAAAAGAACUACUCGAUUUGUCAUCCUAGAAUUCUGGUGGAGCAAACAUGCUUUGUUUCUUGAUGUUAUCUCAUGGAUCA